CAACUGUAUGCCGCCCAGCUUGCCAGCAUGCAGGUCUCUCCUGGAGCCAAGAUGCCGCCACUCCCCCAGCCUCCCAACAACAGUGGGCCCAUCUCUCCCUCCGGCCUGAAGAACGACAAGAGAUCCUCCAGCCCUAUCACUCAAGUCAAGGAGGAGGGAACGCAGCCUCUCAACCUGUCCGCCCGGCCCAAGACGGCAGAGCUGGUCAAGUCCCCCACGUCCCCCACACAAAGCCUGUUCACAGGCAGCAAGACCAGCCCCAACAGCCUGUCCAAGAGCGGCAUCCCCAGUCCCCUUGGAGGCAUGGGCCGUGGGUCUUCUCUGGACAUCCUGUCCAGCCUAAACUCCACAGCGCUGUUCGGGGACCAGGAUGCGGUGAUGAAGGCCAUCCAGGAGGCCAGGAAGAUGAGAGAACAGAUCCAGAGAGAGCAGCUGCAGCACCACCAGCAGGGCAUGGAGGCCAAGCUCUCUGCCCUCACAGGCAUGGGCCUCAACAACUGCAGCAGGGCUGACAAGAGCUGGUUCACUGAGUACAUUGAGCGGGCACACUUUGAGAGCCUUGGUCACCAUCUUAGCAAACUGGGCGAGGAUGGCAAAAUUGGCCACAGAGUCAUCGACCUCACCAGGCCAGAGGAUCUGGAUGGGUGGAAAGCUCUGAAUGGCUCUGGUACCGGAGCAGAUAAACCACAACAGUAUUAUUGUUGGCCUACAGGAGGCGCCAGCACAGCCGAGGCACGGGUCUACAGGGAAGCCCGGGGGAGGAACAGCAACGAGCCCCACAUCAAGAGACCCAUGAACGCCUUCAUGGUGUGGGCCAAAGAUGAGCGCCGCAAGAUCCUCCAAGCCUUCCCAGACAUGCACAACUCCAACAUCAGCAAGAUCCUGGGCUCUCGCUGGAAGUCUAUGACCAACCAGGAGAAACAGCCGUUCUAUGAGGAGCAGGCCCGUCUCAGUAAGAUCCACCUGGAGAAGUACCCCAACUACAAGUACAAGCCCCGGCCCAAGAGGACCUGCAUCAUCGACGGGAAGAAGCUCCGCAUCGGCGAGUACAAGCAGAUGAUGCGCUCGCGACGGCAAGAGAUGAGGCAGUUCUUCACUGUGGGGCAACAACCGCAAAUCCCCAUCAGCACCAGCGCCGGCGUGGUCUACCCUGGGGCCAUAACCAUGGCAACAACCACACCCUCCCCUCACAUGACGUCGGAGUGCUCCAGCGCCUCAGCAAGCCCGGAGCCGGCCAUUCCCGUCAUCCAGAGCACCUACAACAUGAAGAUAGAGCCCAGUGCCAUGUUAACCAACGACCCCAUCAUCAACGGAGAGGUAGAUGAGAUGGACAUGUACGAGGACUUUGACGAGGAGCCCAAAUCGGACUACAGCAGUGAGACUGAGACACUGGAGCCCAUCGUCAGCGCCAACUGAGGCCUCUCAACACCCGAGCCGAGACAUACACACAUUCAUACUGGAGAACCAUCCCCAGGGCGGAAGACUGACUGAAGGAGGAGAAACAGAAGAACAAAAAAAUACAGAACAAAAAGAAAUGGUUCUGUUGAUGCAUCAUUUAGGAGCCUGCAUGCAUAUGUGGCUCCGUCAGAAUCAACAGCUAAAGGUCUUAAAUAUUUCUUACAGUGUGUGAAGCCGUUUGGUUUUGUUAGUUUUGUUUUUUGUUUUUUGUUAUCUCAUCGUUUAUUUUUUGUGUUUUGUUCAUGGACAUUUACACAAUUAGGUUAUUGCCCAUACAACUUUGGAUGACAGGACUUGAAAUGUAACGUUUGAUAUGAACCCAUAAUUCUUACAGUCUUACUUUUUUUCUUAUGAUAUACAUAUUAUUUUUUUCUCUUCAGUUAAAUGCUUUUAAUAGAUUUCAUUACUGUUUUUGAUGGGAGUUAUAUAUUCUCACUCAGGUAUGCUGUGCCAGCCAACAGCUUGUGAAUGUUUUAAAUAGGAAUUUAUUUGAAACUAUUUAGAAAACAAAAUAUUUGGAAAUUCAUAUUAACUAAAAACAAACAAACAGAACAAUUCCACAAUUCUGGGACAUAAUCAGACUCCCUUAUUAUUAAUUGUAUUAGUAUUAUUAUUAUAAUAAUUAUUAUUGGUAUUAUUAACAUACUGUACAAUUUUGUGCAGAUGUGCCAAACGUUUCAAGGUUUUUUUCUCUUAAAUAAUUUGUUUGAGUCUCGAGGGAGAGACUCGAGUCUUAGACAAUCUCUUAAUAUCUUAGUGCGGCUUCAAAAUCCAGUUUCUUUAUAUAACUUCUAUAUUGAAACACUCAGGAAUCUGGAGCCAGUGUGCUGUAUCUAGGGCAGGAACAGGAAGUGAUGCAAUAGCUUCAGAUGUGGUUGUUCAUAAUGGCAGCUGUUCUCCAUGGAGACCAAUGCGGUGACCAACAGGCCCUUCUCUCCCUGUCCCUCUCCAGCUCAUGUCACCAGCCCAGUCUCACACAGAUCACUAUAACACUCCCCUCACACUCUCUGCUCAUUCUUCAACUCAGUCUUACCAAGUUCUUAAUCAGAGUGAUUGUAAUCAGGCCAGAAUUCCAAGGGGCCAAAGGCAUCCAAUCUGUGGGAUUGGAAAGGCAGCAAAAGGCAGCUUUGGGGGCAUUAUAAUCACAAAUUGCUGUUUUACAAUGUGUAGCUACAGUACAUUCGGUUAAAUACUUUAGCCCCUACUGGGGUGGCAAGUUUUAAAGUCUUUGGUCUUAACAUUAUUAUUUUUAUUUUUUUAAAUCUUAAGUAUUUUUUCGACAUUGUAAAUCUUAAAUUGACACGAGAAGGUCUUAAAGCAGAGUUAACUACUGCAGCAGUCUUAAGAGAAGAGGCAGUGUCUGAGGGAAUAACAUUGUGUUUUUAUUAAAGGAGGGUUACAGACAAAGUAUUACAUUCUAACGAGUCAUAUGAAACACACCAGUAUUCCAUAAACCACACCAGAUCUGAGAUGGUGAUUCUCUACAUUCAUGCACUUAGAUAUUAACACGUACUACUUCAUUUUUCAACUAAGUUAAUAUUUUAUAUUGAACAAAAUGUUUGUUGCUUUAUAAUGGCCAGUUGCCUAUUUUACAUAAAGUUAAACAUAAGUAUUUUAGAGCAAUUGAAAUUGCACUUCUGUAUUUUAUUUACAUACAGACAAUGAGUAUGAAAUAUAACACAAUCAAUCAGCUCUUAAUCUUGUGACAAUCAGUCACAAACUGAAAGUCCUUUACCUCUUGAAUGGUUAUUUUACCAGUUGAACAGAUCCCAGGUUGUUAGCUAUGGAGAAACAGCUAGAGGUGGCCAGCAGUCAAGGCCUUACUGUCCAUAAUACAGCCCUCCUACAGGCCAGAAGGACUAAGUGCCUCCCUCUCUGCCCUGCCCCUGCCCUGUCCCGACCCCUUCCCAUGGCAACCCCCACACCCAGGGGGUGCCAUCUGGCUCAGAGUGGCAGGCAGCGCUAGGCUGGGGAGAGGAGAGAGGGGGAACAAUAAGGACGGGGCACGUAGCACUUAUUGUGCUCUCCAUCAAAGUGCAGGCAGUGAGGCCUCCACCCUGGCUCCCGCCCUGGCCCAGCCACUAUGCGCUGGCGAGCAGAUGGAACAAGUACAUCAAGCUGUGGGGGAUUAUUAAAAUGACUGACGAGUGGGUAUCAUCUCAAAUGCAGCAUUAUUAAUGCAUGAGCCCGGCUAUUCUCCUCCCGUGCCCUUGAACCUGUCCAUUUCAGACCAAGCCCAGAGGUUUAAAAUGAUCUAAAUGGCUGGUCACCAGCGCUGGCUGUCUGCAUGGCCAGGACUCCCUCCUACUGCUGGUCACUGCAUUACUCUCCCAGGUCUAAUUGAUACAGAUGGCUCUUUAGUACUUUAAAUCUUUCUCGACCCAUUCAGAGCUGGCUUUUAUUGUGUUGUGUCCACGUUUGAAGCAUUUAUCUUAAGUCUUAGAAGUUUUUAAGCACCUCAUUAUUAAUUUCCAUUUCAGUUUCUUUUUCUUUUUUUGGUUGGUUGGUUUCUUUGUUGCUAUUGUUGUUUUAAGGUACAAUGCUUUUUUCUAGGAUUUCCUCCCAUACACAAACCUAAACGGAUUUCCCUCCAGGUCAACAUGUCUAGGUUUUUAAGCUGUUACUUCUGUUUGCUGGUUGAUUGGUAGAUUUGUACGUGAUUUGUACAUAUUUCUAUGUCCAUGCCAAACCAAUUCAGUGGGCUGGUAGUUAAAAAAGGACUGUUGAUAGGACUGAAACUUGACUGCGCUUGUAUAACAACAAAAAAAUACAAAAAAACUAAGAACUUAUAUCUCGCAAGGAGACAAUGUUUCAUAAGUGUUAUAAGCACUGGAUAUAAAUUGUAUUUUUAUCAAUUCUGACUAAUGUGAAGCUGUUGUACCAGAAAAAAACCUGAAUGAACAAAAGUCACGACGACUUGGACUCGUGGGCUCGUUCUCACUGUUACCAGAUUUGAAUAAUUUUUCAGUCUACUUGUUUUGUUUAUUUAUGCAAAGACAUGUGUAGUGAAUGAACACUUUGUCUAAGCUCCAGGGCCACCAAGGGGAGAGAGACAGCGCGCGAGAGAGACUGAGCAGUAAACUCAACAGAAGGCUUGCAUAGUAACUGGUUAGCUGAGAAACACCGGAUUUCAGACACGCAUUUUAUUGGUCACAUAUGUUUUGUUUUGUAUAUUGUAUUUGAAGCUAUAUAGUGAGUAUAGACAUUUUAUUGUAUUUAUUAGCCACUGUUGGCUCUAAAAUUGUCAGUAGAACAUAAUGAAAGGACAAUCAGAGAGAAAAAAAAUACGUUUCAUCAAUUGGAGCUUCAUUUUUCAGUAAAUUCACCAUUUCAUUAUAGAUUUUAUUGUAAAUACAACAUAGGAAAUAGAAUUAUAUUGUUGUUCAUAAGUACUGAGUGAAGUAUAAGUUAUGUAUUUGACUGUUCUUUUUUUCUUCGUUUUUUACAUCAGUGUAUGUUGAUCCGUGUUCUUAAAACUGACAGGUCACUGUACGUCAUGUAGAUUCGGAUUAUUUCUCCCAGUUGAAGAGAGCAGUAUUGGACGGUUGAAGAGAGCAGUAUUGGACGGUUGAGAGAGCAGUAUUGGACGGUUGAGAGAGCAGUAUUGGACGGUUGAAGAGAGCAGUAUUGGACAGAGCUGUAGCUGAGAUAGACAGACAGGCCCCUUCUUGCUAGCGUUUCAAUGACCUCCCUCAGACAAUUCAAGGAGCCAAUCAAAACCCAAGCUGUACUCCUUAGCCUUAGACAUUAAGGACAAACAUUCUUUUUAUAAAUAGCUUCAUUUGUAUCUAAUUACAUGCACAGUCUGUAAAAAUAAAGUACUCUGUAUCUUUCAUAGGGACAGUGGUAAAAUUCAUCUGAACAACAAGCAGUUAAGAUGUAUAUGUUUUUAUUAUACAACUUGCGUUUGCAAUCAUGACUCAAUCCUAGCGACAUACCUUAUCACUUGUGUUUUGUGUUUUUCACAGCCCUCAGUGGUUAUACUGUUAUGUGCCAAAUUUGAACGGAGGGGUUGACAGUAGCAUAAAUGAAUAGCUACAUUUUAAUUGCACAUCUGCAUGCAUUUGUUACAUUUAAAAUUAGAAUGACCCAAGAGGAUUUUAUUCAUUGGCAAUUUUACACAAGUUCUUGGGGAGCUGAAAUUGAAGGGAGUGUGCAAAUAUUUAUUAGUUUUAACGUGGCACAAUGCAGAGCCACUCGUGUGUAUUCUAGGCCUAUACUCUUUUUGUCCUUUUCUAUGUGUUGCUGACCUUUUUAAAGGCAGCCCAUCCAGCCAUCAGCAAAGUGUAGUCAUGACCUUUUCUAUGUGUUGCUGACCUUUUUAAAGGCAGCCCAUCCAGCCAUCAGCAAAGUGUAGUCAUGACCUUUUCUAUGAAUCCAUCUGUCUCUCAGCUAUGUAAAUGCGAACAAGAUUCAACAACUGAAGACUAAGCUUGUAUGCUGUUUCAAUAACUUAACUUAAAUGUAAUGAUUUUUUCUGUCAUUGAACUUUGUGAUGUAUAUGGUGGGAAUGUUCUCUGUGUUCAUGUAAUUAGCACAAUUCACUGACAUGCUGGACUGACAUGCUAGCUGCUGUUCAGGAGUGUAACAUUUGCUGUUGGGGACAACUUAUACAGUUGUCAAUGGUACUUUGCUUUCUAGAUUCAUUUUUUGUCUCUCAAGCAACACUGUGUGUGGCUCUUCUGUCGCUGGGGCUGUUGCUGUUUUGAAACCGCUGGCAGACUGAUACAGUUUUCUGCAUAGAAAUCUAUUUCUUGGCAGGUACCUAGGGCAGGGCAGGUAUUGUUUGGGCGUAACUAGAGAAAAUGAAAUAGUGUCUGUUGCUGCUUUGAAAAAAGUUUUAAUUCUGAAAAUGUAAAUAGUUUAUCAUAAUAUCUUGUACAGUCCAGUGUAAAGUUUUUAAUUGAACUUAAAAAAGGUUGCCAUCACAUUUGUGUUCACUUUCUUCUUCAUACAGUACAAAAGGACAGCUACUUGCUGAGGAUAUUAUUGUUAAAUUAAAAAAGGAAAAGGUACUAAAAUAUUUUAUUUUGCUUGGCUUCAAAAUGUAAACCAGCAAGUCUUUGGUUUCCAUGUGCAGUAUUGACGUGAGGUAAACUUAAGGUGAAAUAAUUCUACAGUGGUAUGUAUUGGAGACCAGUCUCCUCUGUGUUGGUAGUAUUAAUACACUAUAUCAAAUAAAAUACACCAGAUGACUGACACAUUUGGGUGUAUCUAGGCACCUUAGUAAUGUGUGCAAAUAUCUAGGUUGUGUUCCCCACAGGAUGCAUUCAGGCAUAUUGUAAUGUAACAUCAUCUUUCUAUAUGUACUCAAUCCAUUGAUGUAACAAGGCAGGAGUGGGUUGUAUAACUGCCUGUUUAAGCUCAUUUACCUCAAGAGUUUCCUCCUUUUGCGUAAAAGAGUAAGAAAUUGUGUGACAAAGUCUCACCAUCACUCCCAUAUUUUGUACUGCUGUUGACACUUACAAAUUAAAGAGACAUUUUGUUUUAA